AUGACGAAAGAUCAAGAAGUCGAGUUGAAGCCCAGGGAGACGUGGAGGAUUAUGAAAAAUGUUGUGGUCAUCAGUAUCGCUUUCAUGGUGCACUUCACAGCCUACAGUGGAGCAGCAAAUCUUCAAAGCUCCAUCAACGCAGACGAAGGUUUAGGAACAGCGUCGUUGGCUGCCGUGUACGCGGGCCUUAUAUUCUCAAAUAUAUUCUUACCUGUUGUUGUUAUUAAAUGGCUCGGCACAAAAUGGGCAAUUUCGUUAUCCUUCAUCACAUAUAUGCCGUAUAUCGCAGCUCAAUUGUACCCCCGCUUUUAUACCCUAAUUCCAGCAGGCCUUAUUCUCGGCUUGGGUGGAGGCCCACUAUGGUGUUCCAAAUGCACUUAUUUAUCUGUGGUUUCAGAAGCACACAGCAAGGUAUCAAAUGUAUCAGCAGAGGCGUUAUUAGUGCGUUUCCUGGGAUUAUUCUUCAUGAUCUUCCAACUUAACCAAGUUUGGGGAAAUUUAAUUUCUUCAUUGGUGAUCUCAUCUGGAGACAAUCUAGCAGCAGUGACAGCUGUUAACGCGACGAUGAUUCCCAAACUCUGCGGGGCCAAUUUUCUUCCCAGUGCAGAUGCAGGCGUGGCUCUCCAGCAACAACCCCCUGAGAAGAUUCAAAUGAUAGCAGGUAUAUACUUAGCGUGCAUGGCUGGAGCAGCCCUUAUCGUUGCAAUAGGUGUAGACUCUAUGAAGAGAUACAACACAAACCGUAAUGCCACCGGCUCAGGCCUUUCCGGUAUCGCCCUGCUGGUGGUGACGGUGAAGCUCCUCAUCGAGCCCAACCAGCUCAUGCUGGUCAUCGUCAAUAUCUUCAUCGGAAUGCAGCAAGCGUUCUUUGGAGCCGACUUUACUGCAGCAUUUGUUUCCUGUUCCAUCGGCACCGGUACUGUGGGGUUCGUAAUGAUGACGUAUGGUAUGGCCGAUGCUAUUGGUUGUGUCGUCACAGGGUAUUUAGCUAAAAUAACGGGACGUCUACCUCUCAUAUGUGUAGCGUUUUUAGUUCAUUUGGGGUUGUUCAUCUCGCUUCUCACAUGGCGGCCGCAACAUGACCAAACGUACGUGGUCUUUGUCAUCGCCAUUCUAUGGGGGCUUUGCGAUUCCAUCUGGCUGGUGCAGAUAAAUGCAUACUAUGGAAUCCUGUUUCCCGGUAGAGAAGAGGCUGCGUUUUCCAACUUUAGGUUGUGGGAGUCAGUGGGCUACAUUAUCGCCUACAUUAUAUCACCAUACUUACGAACCAGUGCCAAAACCUAUGUUUUAAUGGCAUGUAUGCUUAUAGGCACUGUUUUCUACUUCGUAGUCGAAUAUAGGGAUAAAAAGUCAAAGAAAUGUGAGAUCAAACCGUCUAAAUAUGUCGGUGGUUUAGAAAAUACGGCGUAUUUAGACGCUGAA